AUGCAGGCGGAGGAAUACAAUCGCAGAGGUAAGGAGCUGGUGGACUACAUCACACACUAUCUGGGCUCCAUCAGGGAGAGGAGGGUGAUUCCAGAUGUGAAACCAGGUUACAUGAAGGAGCUUCUUCCUGACGCUGCGCCUGCAGAGCCGGAGGACUGGGAGAACAUCUUCAGUGAUAUCGAGAAAGUCAUCAUGCCAGGAGUGGUUCACUGGCAGAGUCCUCACAUGCACGCCUACUACCCCAGUCUGACUUCAUGGCCGUCUAUGCUCGGAGACAUGCUGGCUGAUGCUAUUAACUGUGUGGGAUUCACCUGGGCCUCCAGCCCGGCAUGCACAGAACUGGAAAUGAAUGUCAUGGACUGGUUGUGUAAAGCUCUGGGGCUCCCCUCCUUCUUCCUGCAUCACCAUCCUGACAGCAGAGGUGGAGGAAUACUGCAGAGUACAGUCAGUGAGAGCACACUGGUUGCUCUGCUGGCAGCCAGGAAAGACAAAAUCCUGCAGCUGCGGGCCGAACUCGACCAGGACGUGGACGACUCAGUCCUGAACUCGAGACUCGUUGCCUACGCUUCAGAUCAGGCCCAUUCCUCAGUGGAGAAGGCAGGUUUGAUCUCUCUGGUGAAGAUCCGGUUUCUGCCCACUGACGAGCAGUUGUCUCUGAGAGGAGACACUUUGAAACAAGCAAUACAAGAGGACAGGAGGAGAGGACUGGUCCCCUUCAUGCUGUGUUCAACUCUGGGAACUACAGGAGUUUGUGCCUUCGACAAGCUGUCUGAACUGGGACCAGUCUGUGAAGAAGAUGGACUCUGGCUCCAUGUUGAUGCUGCAUAUGCCGGCUCAGCCUACUUCUGUCCAGAGCUCCGCUGGUCCCUGCAGGGCAUCGAAUUUGCAGAUUCUUUUGUUUUCAACCCUUCAAAGUGGAUGAUGGUCCACUUUGACUGCACAGCUUUCUGGGUAAAAGAUAAAUAUAAGCUCCAGCAGACCUUCAGUGUUGAUCCCGUUUACCUCAGACAUGAAAACUCACAGGCAGCCACUGACUUCAUGCACUGGCAGAUUCCCCUCAGUCGACGCUUCCGUUCCCUCAAACUCUGGUUCGUUAUGCGCUCCUUUGGGCUGAAAAACCUCCAGGCUCAUAUUAGACAUGGGAUUGAGAUGGCAAAGCUCUUGGAGUCUCACAUUAGAAGUGACCCGAAUUUUGAGGUUCCUGCUGAGCGACACCUCGGCCUGGUGGUGUUCUGUCUGAAAGCAGGAAAUGCUUUGACCCAGGAGCUGCUGAGGAGACUGACCCGGUCGGGCACCAUGUACCUCAUCCCUGCAGACAUUCACACCAAACGCAUCAUCCGAUUCACGGUGACCUCCCAGUUCACUAGUGCAGAGGACAUCCUUAAGGACUGGAGCAUCAUCUCCAAAACAGCUUCCACUCUUCUAGCUGAGACGCAGGCUUCAAAUAACGCUAACCAGCCUAAAUCAGUGGAAGAUGAGGCAACAGGAGCCGAAGAAAACCAAAACCCUGACUCAGACACCAGGUCUGAGGAGAAAGAGGAUGCUGCAGCCAGGCUGGACAAAGCUCAGGUGGAGCUGUGGAUUGACAAGGCUUGGAAUCGAUCGAGGAGGCCGAUGCGUUCUCUUAGCUGCAACAGCGAGCCUCUGCCAUACAGUUACAUAGGGCCUCUGUCUGACUUUGAAACAAGGCCAAGCCUCAAAGAUGCUGCGGGCGGCCUUCCCCUGCCAUCGACUACAGGAUCUGGGCCGAUGUUUAACAUUACAGAGAUGCCUUCGAAUCUUCUGGGCAAACAGGUGCUGAAGAAGCUGACAAAGUUCUACAGCGUGCCCAGUUUCUGCAACCAGUGGGUGCAGUGCGGCCGGCACCAGCUGUGCUGCCCUGUGAAGGUUUCGCAGGCAGCUCAAAAACACUUGUCGUCCACCUGCAGGAGAAUGAACUGUAUGUCUUCUCCUCCUGUGGCCAACACAGCUCCCUCUAAUACUCCACUGGAAACUGCAGCUGCACCAACACUCCUGUAG